AUGGCCGUUGAGACCCAGGACGCCAUCUUCUCCAUGACCCCCCCGCCCAGCGAAUUUGACGAAUUCGACAAAAGCGCCUUGCUGACUUGCUCACCUUCCCUCCCCGGCCUCUGCUACCCUUCGCCGGCUCCUUCGACUCGAGGCCAUAAUCCAUCCGUGUCAUCAGAGUCUAUAUACAUGCUUCCAAGCUUGUCCAUGUCCGAGUCCCAAGGUCACGAUCUGCACCAGAUAUCUUUCGACGAUACCUCGUCUGAUUCUGUCUCUUUCUUUCCUUUGCCGCCCGUCACCGAUCCAGCGUUGACUGCCGACUUCAACUCCACCACCACAUCGUCCUCAACUGUCACCCCCAACACAUACACCAUGUAUGAACAGAACCAGUGGUUCCCUUACUCCAAUUACCCUCAGCCUACCCCGUUGCUGCCCUAUGACCCAACCUCAUCGACACACUACCCGACCUUCAACCCCCACCAUCCAUCCGCCCAUGUCAUUCCUCCAACCCCCCAGGACAUUCAACCUACACACUUCGACUUCAGUCAGGCACCGACGUCGGGCAUCUCGUCAACCCACCAUCUGGCCGCCUCGCCAGUCUUUUCUCAACUCUCUCAUCAGAGCUCUCAAAGUCACCGGGGAAGCGUAUCAUCAUUGUCGCGGUCAUGCAGCCCCAUCUCGUCGCUGAGCAGAGGUGGUCACUCCGACUCGCUUCGCCCGGCCCUGCGCUCGAAUUCAACCUCGUCGAACGCUUCUCUUCACGCCUAUGGCAUCCCAGUGACUGAGCAACCGUCAUUGCUUGCGGCAUCUCUCCAUCCCUCCUCGCCGUCCGCUCAGAACGGUGGUAUGGCUCAAUCUUGGCGCUGUGCUUACCCAGGCUGCACGUCGCGCGCUACUUUCACGCGAGGCUGCGAUUUACGGAAACACUACAACCGACAUAGCAAGCAUCUCUUCUGCCGAGUGGAUGGCUGCCAACAGAGCGAAGCGGCUGCCGUCGCGCGUGCCAAAUCUGCCGACCAGCCCCUCACGGGCGGGUUUUCCAGCAAGAAGGACCGCGCCCGCCACGAGGCCAAGCACAACCCUGGCAUCAAGUGCGAGUGGCGUGGGCCGGAAGGCGAGGAGUGUGGUCGGGUCUUUUCCCGCAUGGACAACAUGAAGGACCACGUCCGACGGAUCCACAACAAAGGCCAGCAACAGAACAACAGCGGCCAAGGAUCAAGUCGUAAAUGA